GGAUGGGCUGGCGCCUGGGUCCCGGUGGGGCCGCCGGCGCCCCUCUGCUGCUGCUGCUCUUCCUCCUCUUGGCCGGGCAGGGCAGCGCCGCUCGGAGACCCCCGAAGAGGAAGUGCUCGGGGGGCUGCACCUGCACCAAGGACACGGCGCUGUGCGAGGGGGCCAAGGAGGUCCCCAAGGAGCUGCCCCAGAACCUGAUCUCGCUGUCUCUCAUUCGCUCAGGAUUCACAGAGAUCUUGGAAGGCAGCUUCGUCCACGUGUCCUCGCUUCAGUUGCUCUUGAUCGCUUACAACUCCCUGGAACUGAUCCGUGACGACGCCUUUGUGGGACUCGUACACCUGGAGUAUAUGUUCAUUGAGCACAACAAGCUGAAAGCCAUCUCCAAGAAUGCUCUCCGAGGGCUCAAGGGCCUUCUUCACCUGAAUUUGGCCAACAAUAACCUGCAGACUUUGCCAAGGCACCUGUUCCGGGGAUUGGAUGCUUUGACUACAGUAGAUUUGAGGGGAAAUGCCUUCCACUGUGACUGCAAGCUGAAGUGGCUGGUGGAAUGGGUGAGCCACACCAAUGCCCUGGUAGAGCCCAUCCAGUGUCAAUCUCCCGCGGAGCUGAACCAAACUGACCUUCGUGACCUCAGUCUUGCUGAUUUCAACUGCAUCACCACUGACCUGGUUCUCUUCGAUACUCUGCCAGAUCAGUCGCUCUCCGUGGAAACCUUCACCUACCAUGGAGAACAGAACCUGGUGAUUGCACAGCCCUUUGCCGGGCGCUGCAGCUUCUUGGAGUGGGACCAUGUGGCAGGGAAGUUCCGCAGCUAUGCCAAUAUCACCGGCUCGUCCACCGUGGUCUGCAAGCCUCUGGUGAUCGACAGCCAGCUCUUUGUGGUGGUGGCUCAGCUCUUUGGAGGCUCGCACAUCUACAAGCGGGACGAAGCCACCGGGCGCUUCCUGCGCAUGCAGGCCAUCGAGGGCUCGCGCAUCCGCAAGCCCAAUGACAUCGAGGUCUUCCGCGUGGAGGGCAAUUGGUACUUCAUCAUGGCCGACAGCUCCAAAGCCGGUUCUACCACCCUGUACCGCUGGAACGGCCACGGCUUCUACUCCAACCAGUCACUCCACCCCUGGUACCGUGACACGGACGCUGAGUUCCUGGAGAUCGCCGGCAAGCCCCACCUUAUCCUGGCCAGCAGUUCCCAGCGGCCCGUCAUCUACCAGUGGAGCAAGCAGCAGUUUGUACGCCGCACGGACAUUCCCGAUAUGGACGAUGUCUACGCUGUCAAGCACUUCAAGGUGAAGGAGGAGGUCUACGUGUGCCUGACCCGCUUCCUCGGCGAUUCCAAGGUGAUGCAUUGGGAUGGCUCCAUGUUCCGAGAUGUCCAGCGUAUCCCGUCCCGCGGCUCCAUGGUCUUCCAGCCGCUGAGCAUCGCCGGCUACCGCUACGCCUUCCUUGGCAACGACUACUCCUUCAGCCAGGUGUACCGCUAUGACCCCGUCACGGGACUCUUCCAGCACUUCCAGGAGCUGAACGCCCAGGCGCCGCGCUCCUUUGCCCACCUCAACGUCGACAAGCAAGACUUCCUCAUCGCUUCCAGCUUCAAGGGCAAGACACACAUCUACCGGCACCUCAUCAUCGACCUGAGUGCCUGAAGCCUGGCCGCCGUGGGGUUGGGGCAUCACGUGCAGAAGGCAGCUGCCAGGGGGAGAGGAAGUGCAGGGGGCGGAGCCAGCUGCUGGGGGAAGUGCAGUGCCAGAGCCAGCCACUAGGGGGACAGCACAGGAAGCAGACGCUGUUGAAUGUGAUUCUCCAGUGGUGCAGGGGCGGAAGGCACGGAGUAACAGCUAGGCAGUGGGUGGAAGUCGGGCAACCGAAGAGCCAUAACAAUCACUAGAGAGUUCAAGGAAUGGCAGCACGAACAGUAAUCAGAAUACCUUUAAAAACCACACACACAAAAAUCCACUAGGCAUGAAUAAAGAGACUCUGUGGUUGCUGGAAAUCACAGGGCUGCAUGCUUUGCAGUGGGGCUAAACCAAAAAUCUUCUGGCAGUGGGGCACACUGAUCUGGAGCGGCAAAGCCUGCCUGGAAUUGGCCCGAAUCUUCUUGCCGACCAGUCAUUUUUGUCCCUGCUUCAGAGGAUGCUUUCCAUUUUAAGAUCUGUUCUCAUCCUCACUCAGAUGAAUAAUCUGAUUGACUUGCCUUUCCCCUCCCCUCCCCACCCCCUUCAACUUUGAUUCACUUUCUAGUUGGCGGAAACAACAGUUCAUUGAGUUCUGCUCGGUUUCUUCACUUCCAGUUACUAUGUUCUUUCUUUGACAAUGCAUGGCUUAAAAAGAAACACAAACCCUUUUCCUACAGUCCAGCGUUAGUCGUUACAACCAAGUGCCAUUGAAAUCGGUGACACUUGCUUUAGCCACAGUGGAGGCCCAUCGUAGACUUUCCAGGAGACGGGAAGCCUCAUCUUAUGAACGUUUAUGUGGAAGUGAAGUCCUGCUGUGGUUAAUGGGCUUCCCAGAUAGGCAUUCAUGAAACUGGACAGCCUGGAUCACAAUUCAGUGGCCAUUCAUGUGGCUGACAUACUGCGCAGCCUUCUGCCUGCUUCGUAAUAAAAUGUGCGUGUAGCCUCACAAAAGGGAGAGGAGAGCUGGUCUCGUGGUAGCAAGCAUGACUUGUCCCCUUAGCUAAGCAGGGUCUGCCCUGGUUGCAUUUGAAUGGGAGACUAGAAGUGUGAGCACUGCAAGAUACUCCCUUCAGGGGAUGGAGCCGCUCUGGGAAGAGCAUCUAGGUUCCAAGUUCCCUCCCUGGCAGCAUCUCCAAGAUAGGGCUGAGGGAGAUUCCCGCCUACAACCUUGGAGAAGGCGCUGCCAGUCUGUGAAGAUGAUACUGAGCUAGAUAGACCAAUGGUCGGACUCAGUAUAUGGCAGCUGCUUAUGUAAAACACGUUGCAAACCCAGUUGUGCAACGGAUGCUCAUAAUUUCCGACAGCCCUCCCAUCAUGCAACUGUGUUUGAGUCAUUCUUGAGUGUCCAGGAGCUGUCUGGCACAGCUGCACAUGUGUUCUGUCCGUGAACCAGGCUGAUAGAUUUUGGUUUUGAGUACCAUCUUGGGCGAUGAACACUCAGUGAUUUUUGGCCGUCUGCAGACCCCUCCCCCAGAUGGAAAAAGGUGAUAACAUUGCUGCAUUUACAGCUUUCUCUGUGUUAUCAUCCCUUCUUUAUUCCCACCCACAAAUGAUGGUGGUAAAAUUGCACUCGAUUUUGCACAGAGGAAAGACGUAUGGUCAGCGCUAGCUAACAAAUUUGUUGUAUUCUCUCAUCUUGUUUAUAAUGUUCUGAGUAGGGUUGCCAUAUUCUGGCUCUCCAAAUCUGGGUGCCUAAUUUGCAUAUUAUGUAAAUUGGCUUGAAAAUCAUUUUUUAGCAGAAUAGUGACUGCACGUUUUGCUCCAGGGCUAGAGUUUAGCUUUAAAAAGAAAAGAAAAAAGCUGAAAUCUGGGCACAUCUGGGUGGGCUAAGCAGUCUGGGUAAGAUACUUAAAAUCUGGUGAAACCCAAAAUUCCGUGUGUGUGUGUGUGUGUGUGGCAACUCUAGUUCCAGGAAUAAUGAGUAACGAUGUUUUGAGAUGUUCAAGAAUAACCUUGGAGAGCAUUCCUGCUAAUUCUCAUUCCCAUUCCUCUGACAUUACUCAGAUUUUAUAGUUUUUGUGUUUUGACAUGGUUAUCAGCUUUUAAAACAUCACUGCAAAUUUGGAAUGUGACGAGGACGAAUAUGUAUAUACCACUCUCCAACAGAAGUUCCCAAAUCUGUUUACAUAGAUAUAAACAAUCAACCAAACAAAUGUCUCCAAUCUAAAAAAAAGAAACCCAAGAUAGACGCCACUGCAGUUCCAAUGGGCAGGCCAAUAAAAAGCAUAACACCACACUGAAAGAACUGCAGUGCUGUUGCCUAUUUCCAAUAGGGAUGGGGGCCUCUCAGAAGUCACAAUGAGCAUUCCUCCCCACAUAUUGGCUCCUGUAUUAAAUGUUGCACAGUAUGCCAGCCAAUGUGAUCUAAUUGCUCUUUCCCGUUCUACAGUUUAAGUUUGUCUUACCAUUUCAGGCACUGCACAUUGUGCAGUCCUUAAUUGCAAAGGAAGCACAAAAAAGAGGAGUCACUGAAUUCUUUUCGAAGCACAUAAUUUAAAUUUGGUUAAUUUAAACGGAAGCACAUAAGGAAUCCCCAUGCAUCUGGGUGGGGAAAAGAGGUUGCGGAGGUACAGGGUAGGUUGGGCUCAUUGAUGAGGGAUGGACAGAAGAGAAUAUAGGCCUGGAUAAGCUCCAGGGAGAAGGGGCUGGGCAUGGUCAAUAUCUUUACCUGUAAAUAGCUAGCAUGUUUGUUCAACCCCAUCAACCUCCCUCCAGUAGUGGGCAGCACUGAGCUACAGGAAGUACAAGCCAAUGUCUUUAUCAUCCCCCCCCCCCCGUGCCCUGUUACUUGGAAUUGUGAGGAUAUGGAGAGGGGCUGAGAAGACACGAAAGGUUUCCUAUCACGGGUAGAUGAAUAUCCUCUUCUGUCUCCCAUUCAUGAACUGGGAUCCCACGUAAGAGCAUUGUAAAUAAUAAUAAAAAAUAGUAUAUUGUU